AUGGAUAAAAUAGUGUCCAGACAUCUCCGGGUGAAUCCAAGGUUUCUACCUACGUCGAAUCACUGCGUAUUGAAGUCUCUACUGGAGAACCCCAUGAAGCUACCCCUCCUCCAACAACAUGAACAACAACAUGAAGGUAAGAAAUAGCCUACGUUUUUAUUUUACUCUGUUCUAUUCUAUUGCUUUCUAUUAUUUUCUAGAAUAUAUAAUUACUUAUCUCAAACUUAAAUUGUCUUUAUUGUUAUAGAGACAAUUUGUUUAUUUACGUUGUUUAUUUAUGUAUUGUAUAGUUUAUUUAUAGGAUUAGCUACUUGUAUCUAUGAACUCGCUUUGCUCCAGGUAAAUAGCGUAAAGAAUGCAUUUUGAAAUAUACUCUAAAGGCCUAUAGCCAACAUUAAUUUUAGAAAUCAUCGAUCAAAUUGAUAAUGAUUUGCUUCAGUGUCCUUACCUAACGAAAUACAGGCAUAUAGAUAUAGUUCAUAUAAAGUUACCAUAUACUUGUGUGCCUGUCUGUAUGUGCCCAAACCAGCUCUACCAGUAGGCCUACCGUAGCUAAGUUUUCUGAUAUUAGUCACCUGACAACACUUGACAAAUUCAUUAGCUAGCAAUUAACUACCACUUAUUAUUCCUAAAUUAAUGUAUUUAAUUAUAUAGCUAGCACAGUGACUAUCACUAUCAGUGAUGUAUGUUGAUGCAGUGGUUUUAUUGAUUGAAAGUAUGAUACUUUGAGUGAUAGGGAUGUAGCAAUAGAUAUUGCUAUGAAGUAACGUUAUCAAAGCAGGUAUAGGGGUUCACGUCUGAAUAUCAGGUUUUUUGCUCCUCAAAAACCAGUUAUCCAAACCAGUUAACCCUGAAUAUGAGCCGCUGCAUACCAUACAUAGAGGAUACUUUAGUCUCCCCAAAAAACAGAUACAAUAAAUAGAUACUGCACAUUCAAUACCAGCUUACAAGCCUCACGAUUGUGCAGCACAUUAUUUUACAGUACUGUUUCUGCUGUAAUCAAAUUUCUGUACCUUAAAGUAAAGCGCUACCAUUGUCUGUAUAGAUGAGCGUAGUUUUUUCGGUGUCUUGGUACUAACUGUGGACCCCCCCCCCCCCCAAUGUCCACUUUAGGAUUUGAGAAGGAGCGAGAGAAGGAGAAGAAUUUGGAUGAGGAGAGGAGUGCCCCACAGUCAGCCUUCCUGGGGCCCACGCUGUGGAACAAGACUCUCCCCUACGAUGGAGACAACUUCCAGCUGGAGUACAUGGAUCUGGACGAGUUCCUGUCGGAAAACGGCCUUCCCUCUGAACUCGCCGUCUCCACCCACCACGACCAGCACCAAUCACAGUCCCAGCACCAGACUUCAAUCAUGUCACAAGCCCUGCCCACUCCGUCGCCCUCUGUGAUCGACCUUAGCAACCAUGCCAGCGCUUCGACGUCGGUACACACAAGCAUGGGCGCACAGAACUGUCUCCCUAGCCUUACCAGAGCAGGUGUGUAAAAAACACACACACACACACACACACACACACACACACACACACACACACACACACACACACACACACACACACACACACACACAUCAACACACACAGGGAAAAAAGGAUAAGACCCACAUCCUCUGAUUGUCUGUACAGUAGACAUCUGAAAGACACUUCUAGCUCAUAUAAUACAAUAUCAACCACAGCUCCGUAAGAAUAGAGUAGGACUACUUUAUUAGGUUUCUUAGAAGAGGCCUCAAACCCAGAAUGGAAAAAGUGUGAAAUUCAAAUGUUGUGACGGCGUGACCUGUGAGUCAAAUAAAAUAAAAUUGUAUUUGUCACAUGCGCCGAUGUCAAAGCGACGUGUAUGCGGUAGGCGAAGUCAAGAGCAGGACACCGAGGUACUGGCAGAUACUUUACUGGAUACAGUGCAAAUCCAAAGUACAAAGGCAACCUCAUACAGAGAGGAACGAUACAACCCGCACACAUGGGCAACUGCCGAAAAGACCAAAACAAUUACGCACAAUACACAAUGAGAAACAGAGGGUUAUAAAGGGAACACAAUAAAACAUAAUGGGAAACAGGUGUAAACAAUAAAGACCAAACAAGACAAACACCGAAACAUAGAUCGGCAGCAGCUAGUACUCCGGGGACGACGAACGCCGAAGCCUACCCGAGCAAGGAGGAGGAGCAGCCUCGGCUGAAUCCGUGACAGCCGAAUACAACAGGUGUAGACCUUACAGUGAAAUGCUUACUUACAAGCCCUUAACCGACAAUGUAGUUUUAAGAAAAAUAAGUGUUAAGUAAAAAAUAGAUAAGUAAAAAAUGUAAAUAACAAAUAAUUAAAGAGCAGCAGUAAAAUAACAGUAGUGAGGCUAUAUACAGGGGGUACCGGUACAGAGUCAAUGUGCGGGGGCACAAGUUAGUCGAGGUAAUUGAGGUAAUAAGUACACUACCGUUCAAAAGUUUUGGGUCACUUAGAAAUGUCCUUGUUUUCGAAAGAAAAGCAAUUUUUUUGUCCAUUAAAAUAACAUCAAAUUGAUCAGAAAUACAGUGUAGACAUUGUUAAUGUUGUAAAUGGCUAUUGUAGCUCAAAACGGCUGAUUUUUAAUGGAAUAUCUACAUAGGCGUACAGAGGCCCAUUAUCAGCAACCAUCAGUCCUGUGUUCCAAUGGCACGUUGUGUUGCUAAUCCAAGUUUAUCAUUUUAAAAGGCUAAUUGAUAAUUAGAAAACCCUUUUGCAAUUAUGUUAGCACAGCUGAAAACUGUUGUGUUGAUUAAAGAAGCAAUAAAACUGGCCUUCUUGAGACUAGUUGAGUAUCUGGAGCAUCAGCAAUUAUGGGUUCGAUUACAGGCUCAAAAUGGCCAGAAACAAAUAACUUUCUUCUGAAACUCGUCAGUCUAUUCUUGUUCUGAGAUAUGAAGGCUAUUCCAUGCAAGAAAUUGCCAAGAAACUGAAGAUCUCGUACAACACUGUGUACUACUCCCUUCACAGAACAGCGCAAAGAAAAAGCUCAGACUGGCCAAUAAAAAGAAAAGAUUAAGAUGGGCAGUCUGAGAAAUUGCUUUUUCUUUGCAACUCUGCCUAGAAGGUCAGCAUCCCAGAGUCACCUCUUCACUAUUUAAUGAAGCUUCCAGUUGAGGACCUGUGAGGUGCCUGUUUCUCAAACUAGACACUCUAAUGUAUUUGUCCUCUUGCUCAGUUGUGCACCGGCGCCUCCCACUCCUCUUUCUAUUCUGGUUAGAGCCAAUUUGCCCUGUUCUGUGAAUGGAGUAGUACACAGCUGUUAAGAAGCCUUUUGGACCUAGACCUGGCACCCCGGUACCGCCUGCUGUGCGGUAGCAGAGAGAACAUUCUAUGACUAGGGUGGCCCUCUGGUAUAGAGGUCCUGGAUGGCAGGAAGCUUGGCCCCAGUGAUGUACUGGGCCGUAUGCACAACCCUCUGUAGUGCCUUGCGGUCGGAGGCCAAGCAGUUGCCAUACCAGGCAGUGAUGCAACCAGUCAGGGUGCUCUCGAUGGUGCAGCUGUAUAACUUUUUGAGGAUCUGAGGACCCAUGCCAAAUCUUUUCAGUCUCCUGAGGGGGAAUAGGCUUUGUCGUGCCCUCUUCACGACUGUCUUGGUGUGUUUGGACCAUGAUAGAUGGUUGGUGAUGUGGACACCAAGGAACUUGAAGCUCUAACCUGCUCCACUACAGCCCCGUCGAUGAGAAUGGGGGCGUGCUCGGUCCUCUUAUUUUUCCUGCAGUCCACAAUCAUCUCCUUUGUCUUGAUCACAUUGAGGGAGAGGUUGUUAUCCUGGCACCACACGCCAGGUCUCUGACCUCCUCCCUAUAGGCUGUCUCAUCGUUGUCGGUGAUCAGGCCUACCACUGUUGUGUCGUCUGCAAACAUAAUGAUGGUGUUGGAGUCGUGCCUGGCCAUGCAGUCAUGGGUGAACAGGGAGUACAGGACUGAGCACGCACCCCUGUGGGGCCCCCGUGAUGAGGAUCAGCGUGCCAGAUGUGUUGUUACCUACCCUUACCACCUGGGGGUGGCCCGUCAGGAAGUCCAGGAUCCAGUUGCAGAGGGAGGUGUUUAAUCCCAGGGUCCUUUUUUAGUUAUGAGCUUUGAGGGCACUAUGGUGUUGAACGCUGAGCUGUAGUCAAUGAAUAGCAUUCUCACGUAGGUGUUCCUUUUGUCCAGGUGGGAAAGGGUAGUGUGGAGUGCAAUAGAGAUUGCAUCAUCUGUGGAUCUGUUGGGGCGGUAUGCAAAUUGGAGUGGGUCUAGGGUUUCUGGGAUAAUGGUAUUGAGUGUGUGUGUUUGUGUGUUUCCUCUGUCUAUGCCCCUAACUGAAAGAUUGCAUGUUUGAAUCCUCUAGCCGACAAGGUGAAACAUCUGCCGAUGUGCCCUUGAGCAAGGCACUUAACCCUAAUUGUUCCAGGCUCUCCGUUGAUAAUGGCAGACCCUGGCUGUGACCCCACUAACUCAACUAAUUAGUGUACUGUUCUGUUCAUUAGUCACUAAUCUGAAGCACUUCUGUUCUGAUAGGCAGGUGUUAGACACUUCUGAAAAGCAUAGAUUGCCUUGUCUUAAUUUAAGUUCAAUCUUAACCCUGGAGGUCAAAUCUCUCUCUGUACAUCACUUCAGCUAAUUAGUGUAAUGUUCUGUUCAAGACUCACUCAUUUGAAGUACUUCUGUUCUGAGAGGCAGCUGUUGAUUAGCAGGUUCUGAGAGGCAUGUGUUGAUUAGCAGGUUCUGAGAGGCAGCUGUUGAUUAGCAGGUUCUGAGAGGCAGGUGUUGAUUAGCAGGUUCUGAGAGGCAGGUGUUGAUUAGCAGGUUCUGAGAGGCAGCUGCUGAUUAGCAGGUUCUGAGAGGCAGGUGUUGAUUAGCAGGUUGUGAGAGGCAGCUGCUGAUUAGCAGGUUCUGAGGGGCAGGUGUUGAUUAGCAGGUGCUAUACACACUCAGUUCUAAUAAACAUAAGUUGCCUUCUCUUGAUUUGUGAAAUCUUCACCUUGGGGCUGGAGGUCAAAUCUUUCUGUACAUCCCAGUAUAGCUGAGCUGAGCUACGUAUAGAUCUAUCUACAGUGCAUUCCGAAAGUAUUCAGACCCCUUCACUUUUUCCGCAUUUUGUUAUGUUACAGCCUUAUUCUAAAAUGGAGAAUAAAAAGAAAAUCCCUCAUCAAUCUACACACAAUACCCAUAAUGACAAAGUGAAAACAGGUUUUUACAAUAAAAAUAAAAUUUACAAAAAUAAAUACCUAAUUUACAUAAGUAUUCAGACCCUUUGCUAUGAGACUUGAAAUUGAGCUCAGGUGCAUCGUGUUUCCAUUGAUCAUCCUUAAGAUGUUUCUACAACUUGAUUGGAGUCCACCUGUGGUAAAUUAUAUUGAUUGGACAUGAUUUGGAAAGGCACACACCUGUCUAUAUAAGGUCCCACAGUUGACAGUGCAUGUCAGAGCAAAUACCAUGAGGUCGAUGGAAUUGUCCGUAGAGCUCCGAGACAGGAUUGUGUCGAGGCACAAAUCUGGGGAAGGGUACCAAAAAAAUGUCUGCAGCAUUGAAGGUCCCCAAGAACACAGUGGCCUCCAUCAUUCUUAAAUGGAAGAAGUUUGGAACCACCAAGACUCUUCCUAGAGCUGGCCUGCUGAACAAUCGGGGGAGAAGGGCCUUGGUCGGGGAGGUGACCAAGAACCCGAUGGUCACUCUGACAGAGCUCCAGAGUUCCUCUGUGGAGAUGGGAGAACCUUCCAGAAGGACAACCAUCUCUGCAGCAGUAGAGUGACCAGACGGAAGCCACUCCUCAGUAAAAGGCACAUGACAGCCCACUUGGAGCUUGCAAAAAUGGCACCUAAAGGACUCUCAGACCAUGAGAAACAAGAUUCUCUGGUCUGAUGAAACCAAGAUUGAACUCUUUGGCCUGAAUGCCUAGUGUCACAUCUGGAGGAAACCUGGCACCAUCCCUACGGUGAAGCAUGGUGGUGGCAGCAUCAUGCUGUGGGGAUGUUGUUCAGCAGCAGGGACUGGGAGACUAGUCAGGAUCGAGGGAAAGAUUAACAGAGCAAAGUACAGAGAGAUCCUUGAUGAAAACCUGUUCCAGAGCGCUCAGGACCUCUGACUGAGGUGAAGGUUCAACUUCCAACUGGAUAACGACCCUAAGCACACAGCCAAAACAACGCAGGAGUGGCUUCGGGACAAGUCUCUGAAUGUCCUUGAGUGGACCCAGCCAGAGCCCGGACUUGAACCCGAUCGAACAUCUCUGGAGAGACCUGAAAAUAGCUGUGCAGCGACGCUCCCCAUCCAACCUGACAGAGCUUGAGAGGAUCUGCAGAGAAGAAUGGGAGAAACUCCCCAAAUACAGGUGCGCUUGUAGCGUCAUACCAAAUAAGACUCAAGGCUGUAAUCGCUGCCAAAGGUGCUUCAACAAAGUACUGAGUAAAGGGUCUGAAUACUUAUGUAAAUGUGAUAUUUGAAAAAAAAUGUUGGGGGGGUAUUAAUUUGCAAAACAUUCUAAAAACCUGUUUUUGGUUUGUCAUUAUGGGGUAUUGUGUAGAUUGAUAAGGCAAAAAAAACAAUUUAAUCAAUUUUAGAAAAGGCUGUAACUUAACAAAAUGUUGAAAAAGGCAAGGGGUCUGAAUACUUUCCGAAUGUACUGUAUAUGUCUCAGGCAGCAUCAGUGUAAUUAAUCUCGUCCACCAGCUGUCUCUCUCUCUCUCUCUCUCUGGUAUCAAUUGAGCCUGGGGACGAGGUUAGUUAAGUAAGUAUGUAAGCCUUGGACAAAUAAGCCCAGUCCGAGCCAGAACAGCCCAUAGGGGCAGGAGCCUAUCUCCUGUUUCUGUAGUGUGAGGCAGCUUGAUGUACAAGUACACCCCCUGGACAGGACACUAGGAAGAGUGUUCUCUUUAUAACUAUUAUACCUCGGCUCAGGUUAGAGAAGGGCCUAGUCGUCACGCCAGGUUCAGAUUGAGGUUGAGAUGUCAUUUGAACGCUGAAAAGGAGCAGGGCCUCUGGCACUUUCUCCCAUCUCACACCAGCUGGUCUCCAGCCUCAAGCCACUCAAUGCAAAUACAUACUUACAUGCAUAAUGCUUAUGUAAGGACAGCGGUCAGAGACCGGUGGAUACAGACUUAUAAUAUAAGUCCUGUCCACAUAACCAUUUUCAAAACCAAUGUGCUUCUGUCCAGUAGUUGGUUCAGAGUUUAUUCUGGAUGGGAAUUGGAGGUGGAAGAAGUUGAGGUUUCACAGACUGGCAAACUUUUAGGUUGUGUGUUAGCUUUGUGUCUUGUGCCCCCCGGUGGCCGCAGUUUGUCACUACUACUGGAUACAUUAUAAUAACAAUGGAACUAUUUAUGGUGCUAUGAAUAAAAAUGCACUACUUUCAACUUGUCACAUUGAUUUUGCUCAAGUUGAACUUUUAUCAUGAAUGUUUUGAGAAUAGUGCGCCAAACCACCAACCCCCCAAAAUAUGUAGUGGUCAUUUCUGUAAUUCUAUCAAAUACAUUUCUAUAGCCUACUUCCAUGUAUCUAACUUCCUACUGUCCUCCUACUCCCCCUCACCAGCCCUGCCGUCCAGAAACACUCCCAGCCCCAUCGACCCAGAGUCCAUCCAGGUGCCAGUGAGCUAUGUGCCUGACCCUGCUGACUUGGUUUUGUCCAGUGUACCUGGGCAGGAUAUGUUCGACCCCCGUAAACGCAAGUUCGCCCCCGAGGAGCUCAAACCACAGCCCAUGUUCAAGAAGGCCCGCAAGGUGUUAUUCCCCGACGACAUGAAGGUAUGUAUGUGUGUCUCUGUGUGUGUGUCUCUCUGUGUGUGUCUCUCUGUGUGUACGUGUGUGUGUCUCUGUGUGUGUGUCUCUCUGUGUGUCUCUGUGUGUGUGUCUCUCUGUGUGUCUCUCUGUGUGUGUCUCUCUGUGUGUCUCUCUGUGUGUCUCUCUGUGUGUGUCUCUCUGUGUGUGUCUCUCUGUGUGUACGUGUGUGUGUCUCUGUGUGUGUGUCACAUCUACUAAUCUAUCAGAUUGUUUAGCGCUGUGUCAUCCCUGACUAUGAAACGGGUAUAUCCGGCCAUCUUCUAUUAUUGAUGAAUAGAUUAUUCAUAGAUAAUAAUCACAGUGGGUGUAGUAGACCAUAGUAUGUAGUUAUUGUAGUAGACCACAGCAUGUAGUUAUUGUAGUAGACCACGGCAUGUAGUUAUUGUAGCAGACCACAGUGUGUAGUUAGUGUAGUAGACCAUAGCAUGUAGUUAGUGUAGUAGACCACAGCGUGUAGUUAGUGUAGUAGACCAUAGCAUGUAGUUAGUGUAGUAGACCACAGCGUGUAGUUAGUGUAGUUAGUGUAGUAGACCACAGCGUGUAGGUAGUGUAGCAGACCACAGCGUGUAGUUAGUGUAGCAGACCACAGUGUGUAGUUAGUGUAGCAGACAAUAGCAUGUAGUUAGUGUAGUAGACCACAGCGUGUAGUUAGUGUAGUAGACCAUAGCAUGUAGUUAGUGUAGUAGACCAUAGCAUGUAGUUAGUGUAGUAGACCAUAGCAUGUAGUUAGUGUAGUAGACCAUAUAUUGUUGUUAGUGUAGUAGACCAUAGCGUGUAGUUAGUGUAGCAGACCAUAUAUUGUAGUUAGUGUAGUAGACCACAGCGUGUAGUUAAUAUAGUAGAUCAUAGUGUGUAGUUAGUGUAGUAGACCAUAGUGUGUAGUUAGUGUAGUAGACCACAGCGUGUAGUUAGUGUAGUUAGUGUAGUAGACCACAGCGUGUAGUUAGUGUAGCAGACAAUAGCAUGUAGUUAGUGUAGUAGACCACAGUGUGUAGUUAGUGUAGUAGACCACAGCGUGUAGUUAGUGUAGUUAGUGUAGUAGACCACAGCGUGUAGUUAGUGUAGCAGACCAUAGCAUGUAGUUAGUGUAGUAGACCACAGCGUGUAGUUAGUGUAGUUAGUGUAGUAGACCACAGCGUGUAGUUAGUGUAGCAGACAAUAGCAUGUAGUUAGUGUAGUAGACCACAGCGUGUAGUUAGUGUAGUAGACCAUAGCAUGUAGUUAGUGUAGUAGACCAUAUAUUGUUGUUAGUGUAGUAGACCAUAGCGUGUAGUUAGUGUAGUAGACCACAGCGUGUAGUUAGUGUAGUAGACCAUAGCAUGUAGUUAGUGUAGUAGACCAUAGCAUGUAGUUAGUGUAGUAGACCAUAUAUUGUUGUUAGUGUAGUAGACCAUGUAGUAGACCAUAGCGUGUAGUUAGUGUAGUAGACCACAGCGUGUAGUAGACCAUAGCGUGUAGUUAGUGUAGUAGACCAUAGCAUGUAGUUAUUGUAGUAGACCACAGCAUGUAGUUAGUGUAGUUAGUGUAGUAGACCACAGCAUGUAGUUAUUGUAGCAGACCAUAGCGUGUAGUUAGUGUAGUAGACCAUAGCGUGUAGUUAGUGUAGUAGACCACAGCGUGUAGUUAGUGUAGUAGACCAUAGCGUGUAGUUAGUGUAGUAGACCAUAGCAUGUAGUUAGUGUAGUUAGUGUAGUAGACCACAGCAUGUAGUUAUUGUAGCAGACCACAGCAUGUAGUUAUUGUAGCAGACCAUAGCGUGUAGUAGACCAUAGCAUGUAGUUAGUGUAGUAGACCACCGCGUGUAGUUAGUGUAGUAGACCACAUCAUGUAGUUAGUGUAGUAGACCAUAGCAUGUAGUUAGUGUAGUAGACCACAGCAUGUAGUUAAUGUAGUAGACCAUAGCAUGUAGUUAGUGUAGUAGACCAUAGCAUGUAGUUAGUGUAGUAGACCAUAGCAUGUAGUUAGUGUAGUAGACCAUAGCGUGUAGUUAGUGUAGUAGACCACAGCGUGUAGUUAAUAUAGUAGAUCAUAGUGUGUAGUUAGUAUAGUAGACCACAGCGUGUAGUUAGUGUAGUUAGUGUAGUAGACCACAGCGUGUAGUUAGUGUAGCAGACCACAGUGUGUAGUUAGUGUAGCAGACAAUAGUAUGUAGUUAGUGUAGUAGACCACAGCGUGUAGUUAGUGUAGUAGACCAUAGCAUGUAGUUAGUGUAGUAGACCACAGCGUGUAGUUAGUGUAGUUAGUGUAGUAGACCACAGCGUGUAGGUAGUGUAGCAGACCACAGCGUGUAGUUAGUGUAGCAGACAAUAGCAUGUAGUUAGUGUAGUAGACCACAGCGUGUAGUUAGUGUAGUAGACCAUAGCAUGUAGUUAGUGUAGUAGACCAUAGCAUGUAGUUAGUGUAGUAGACCAUAUAUUGUUGUUAGUGUAGUAGACCAUAGCGUGUAGUUAGUGUAGGAGACCACAGCGUGGAGUUAGUGUAGCAGACCAUAUAUUGUUGUUAGUGUAGUAGACCAUAGCGUGUAGUUAGUGUAGUAGACCACAGCGUGUAGUUAGUGUAGUUAGUGUAGUAGACCACAGCGUGUAGUUAGUGUAGCAGACCACAGCGUGUAGUUAGUGUAGCAGACAAUAGCAUGUAGUUAGUGUAGUAGACCACAGUGUGUAGUUAGUGUAGUAGACCAUAGCAUGUAGUUAGUGUAGUAGACCAUAGCAUGUAGUUAGUGUAGUAGACCACAGCGUGUAGUUAGUGUAGUUAGUGUAGUAGACCACAGCGUGUAGUUAGUGUAGCAGACAAUAGCAUGUAGUUAGUGUAGUAGACCACAGCGUGUAGUUAGUGUAGUAGACCAUAGCAUGUAGUUAGUGUAGUAGACCAUAGCAUGUAGUUAGUGUAGUAGACCAUAUAUUGUUGUUAGUGUAGUAGACCAUAGCGUGUAGUUAGUGUAGUAGACCACAGCGUGUAGUUAGUGUAGUAGACCAUAGCGUGUAGUUAGUGUAGUAGACCACAGCGUGUAGUUAGUGUAGCAGACCACAGCGUGUAGUUAGUGUAGCAGACCAUAGCAUGUAGUUAGUGUAGUAGACCACAGUGUGUAGUUAGUGUAGUAGACCAGUGUGUAGUUAGUGUAGUAGACCACAGCGUGUAGUUAGUGUAGCAGACCACAGCGUGUAGUAAGUGUAGUAGACCAUAGCGUGUAGUUAAUGUAGUAGACCAUAGCAUGUAGUUAGUUUAGUAGACCAUAUUAUGUAGUUAGUGUAGUAGACCAUAGCAUGUAGUUAGUGUAGUAGACCAUAGCAUGUAGUUAGUGUAGUAGACCAUAGCAUGUAGUUAGUUAGUAGACCAUAGCAUGUAGUUAGUGUAGUAGACCAUAGCGUGUAGUUAGUGUAGUAGACCACAGCAUGUAGUUAGUGUAGUAGACCACAGCAUGUAGUUAGUGUAGUAGACCAUAGCAUGUAGUUAGUGUAGUAGACCAUAGCAUGUAGUUAGUGUAGUAGACCAUAGCAUGUAGUUAGUGUAGUAGACCAUAGCAUGUAGUUAGUGUAGUAGACCAUAGCAUGUAGUUAGUUAGUAGACCAUAGCGUGUAGUUAGUUUAAUAGACCAUAGCAUGUAGUUAGUGGGGUAGACCAUAGCAUGUAGUUAGUGUAGUAGACCAUAGCGUGUAGUUAGUUAGUAGACCAUAGCAUGUAGUUAGUGUAGUAGACCAUAGCAUGUAGUUAGUGUAGUAGACCAUAGCAUGUAGUUAGUGUAGUAGACCAUAGCGUGUAGUAGACCACCGCGUGUAGUUAGUGUAGUAGACCACAGCGUGUAGUUAGUGUAGUAGACCACAGCAUGUAGUUAGUGUAGUAGACCACAGCAUGUAGUUAGUGUAGUAGAUCAUAGCAUGUAGUUAGUGUAGUAGACCAUAGCAUGUAGUUAGUGUAGUAGACCAUAGCAUGUAGUUAGUGUAGUAGACCAUAGCAUGUAGUUAGUGUAGUAGACCAUAGCAUGUAGUUAGUUACUAGACCAUAGCGUGUAGUUAGUGUAGUAGACCACAGCGUGUAGUUAGUGUAGCAGACCAUAUAUUGUUGUUAGUGUAGUAGACCAUAGCGUGUAGUUAGUGUAGUAGACCACAGUGUGUAGUUAGUGUAAUAGACCACAGCUUGUAGUUAGUGUAGUAGAUCAUAGCGUGUAGUUAGUGUAGUAGACCACAGUGUGUAGUUAGUGUAGUUAGUGUAGUAGACCACAGCGUGUAGUUAGUGUAGCAGACCACAGCGUGUAGUUAGUGUAGCAGACAAUAGCAUGUAGUUAGUGUAGUAGACCACAGCGUGUAGUUAGUGUAGUAGACCACAGUGUGUAGUUAGUGUAGUAGACCAUAGCAUGUAGUUAGUGUAGUGGACCAUAGCGUGUAGUUAGUGUAGUGGACCAUAGCGUGUAGUUAGUGUAGUAGACCAUAGCAUGUAGUUAGUGUAGUAGACCAUAGCAUGUAGUUAGUGUAGUGAACCAUAGCAUGUAGUUAGUGUAGUAAACCAUAGCAUGUAGUUAGUGUAGUGGACCAUAGCAUGUAGUUAGUUUAGUAGACCAUAGCAUGUAGUUAGUGUAGUAGACCAUAGCAUGUAGUUAGUGUAGUAGACCACAGCGUGUAGUUAGUGUAGUAGACCAUAGCGUGUAGUUAGUGUAGUAGACCACAGCGUGUAGUUAGUGUAGUAGACCAUAGCAUGUAGUUAGUGUAGUAGACUAUAUAUUGUAGUUAGUGUAGUAGACCACAGCAUGUAGUUAGUGUAGUAGACCAUAGCAUGUAGUUAGUGUAGUAGACCAUAGCAUGUCGUUAGUUAGUAGACCAUAGCGUGUAGUUAGUGUAGUAGACCAUAGCAUGUAGUUAGUGUAGUAGACCAUAUAUUGUUGUUAGUGUAGUAGACCAUAGCGUGUAGUUAGUGUAGUAAACCACAGCGUGUAGUUAGUGUAGUAGACCACAGCAUGUAGUUAGUGUAGUAGACCACAGCGUGUAGUUAGUGUAGCAGACCACAGCGUGUAGUUAGUGUAGCAGCCCACAGCGUGUAGUUAGUGUAGCAGACCAUAGCAUGUAGUUAGUGUAGUAGACCACAGUGUGUAGUUAGUGUAGUAGACCACAGUGUGUAGUUAGUGUAGUAGACCACAGCGUGUAGUUAGUGUAGCAGACCACAGCGUGUAGUAAGUGUAGUAGACCAUAGCGUGUAGUUAAUGUAGUAGACCAUAGCGUGUAGUUAGUGUAGCAGACCACAGCGUGUAGUAAGUGUAGUAGACCAUAGCAUGUAGUUAGUUUAGUAGACCAUAGCGUGUAGUUAGUGUAGUGGACCAUAGUGUGUAGUUAGUGUAGUAGACCACAGCAUGUAGUUAAUGUAGUAGACCAUAGCAUGUAGUUAGUGUAGUAGACUAUAUAUUGUAGUUAGUGUAGUGGACCAUAGUGUGUAGUUAGUGUAGUAGACCACAGCAUGUAGUUAAUGUAGUAGACCAUAGUGUGUAGUAGACCAUAGCAUGUAGUUAGUGUAGUGGACCAUAGCAUGUAGUUAGUUAGUAGACCAUAGCAUGUAGUUAGUGUAGUAGACUAUAGCAUGUAGUUAGUGUAGUAGACCAUAGCAUGUAGUUAGUUAGUAGACUAUAGCAUGUAGUUAGUGUAGUGGACCAUAGCAUGUAGUUAGUUAGUAGACCAUAGCAUGUAGUUAGUUAGUAGACCAUAGCAUGUAGUUAGUGUAAUAGACCAUAGCGUGUAGUUAGUGUAGUAGACCAUAGCAUGUAGUUAGUGUAGUAGACCAUAGUGUGUAGUAGACCGUAGCAUGUAGUUAGUGUAGUGGACCAUAGCAUGUAGUUAGUUAGUAGACCAUAGCAUGUAGUUAGUGUAGUAGACUAUAUAUUGUAGUUAGUGUAGUAGACCAUAGCAUGUAGUUAGUUAGUAGACCAUAGCAUGUAGUUAGUUAGUAUACCAUAGUGUGUAGUUAGUGUAGUAGACCAUAGCGUGUAGUUAGUGUAGUAGACCAUAGUGUGUAGUAGACCGUAGCAUGUAGUUAGUGUAGUGGACCAUAGCAUGUAGUUAAUAGCAUGUAGUUAGUGUAGUAGACCAAAGCGUGUACACACAGAGCCGUUAACACUGAUUAUAGUUUGGUUUCUCCACCACACUGCUCUCUCUCUCUCUCUCUCUCUCUCUCUCUCUCUGUCUCUCUCUGUCUCUCUGUCUCUCUCUCUCUCUCUCUCUCUCUCUCUCUCUCUCUCUCUCUCUCUCUCUCUCUCUCUCUCUCUGUCUCUGUCUCUGUCUCUGUCUCUGUCUCUGUCUCUCUCUCUCUCUUCUCACUAGCUGCUUCCAUCAGCUCUCAUCUGAGCCUGACCCUAUUUGCACCCUUCCCAUUGGUCAGAUCUGUGGUCCAGAUCUGUGGUCCAGAAAAGAGGCUUAGCUGGUCUUGCAUUCAUCCCAAGAACGCCCUGUGUGAUUAAUCUCUCUCUCUCUCUCGCUCUCUCUCUCGCUCUCUCUCUCUCUCUCCUCUCUCUCUCUCUCUCUCUCUCUCUCUCUCUCUCUCUCCCUCUGUCCUCUGUCAGACCAAGGGGAUUUGCCUUUUAUAAUGUAUUCACAUAAAGGUGGAUCCAUGCAUGGCUUUAGUCCAGUAAUGAAUUGACUGAAAGCUGAUUGUGCAGCCAUGCAAAGGUUAUGGGAAAACUCCACUAGCUGCCAGACCGAGAGGAUGGGGUAAUUCUCUAAUGGGAGAUGUCUAUCUCUGACAGUUAGCAUAUGGGUGUGUUUGAUUUUUGGCUUCGGUUUUUGAGAUUUGUAGUUCAGCUGUUUUCAACACAGCAAUAAGUCAAUGAAAAGUUGUCUAAAGCUGCCAGUCCAGUUAACACAAUUAUAUCAAAUAUGUGAUUAUUUUUUAAAUAAUCAUAUUGCUCAUCGGUAGUGUAUAAUUAAGUAAAUUUCCCCUCUUUUAACUCCCACUCUCUUCCCUUGCACCUCUCGUGCAGGAUGACAGGUAUUGGGUGAGGCGUAAGAAGAACAAUGUGGCUGCCAAGAGGUCACGGGACGCCCGUCGACUCAAAGAGAACCAGAUCGCCAUCCGAGCGGGUUUCCUUGAGAAGGAGAACUCCGCCCUGAGGAUGGAGGUGGCCGAUCUGAGGAGAGAGCUGGGGCGUACCAAGAACAUAGUGGCCAAGUACCAGGCCACACACAGACCU